AUGCUAAGAUUUGCUUCACACAUUUUUAUAUAACAUAUAUAUCCACUCAUUGAUAUCGAUAUAUUCUUUUAAAGAAGUUCUGCAAUGUCUGCAAUAUUGCUGCUUGUUGGAAUAUUAUCGUCCAUUGGACUAGAAUUUACGGCUGCACAAUCCAUAGGAGUUUGCUAUGGAGUGAAUGGUGGCAAUCUACCAUCAAGACAAGAGGUUGUGGAUUUAUAUAAAUCAAACGGCAUAGGGAGAAUGCGCAUAUAUUACCCAGAUGAAGAAGCAUUCCAAGCCCUUAAAGGUACAAACAUUGAGUUGAUACUUGACGUGGCUAAGGAAACCCUUCAAUCUCUCACAGAUUCUAACGCAGCCACAAACUGGGUCAACAAGUACGUAACACCUUACUCACAAGACGUUAAAUUCAAGUACAUCACCGUUGGAAACGAAAUUCACCCUGGAGACAAUGAGGCCCAAUACAUUCUACCAGCCAUGACCAACAUUCACAAUGCAAUUUCCUCAGCCAAUUUACAAUCCCAAAUCAAGGUGUCAACAGCAAUAGACACCACUUUGAUCACUAACUCUUAUCCACCCAAUAAUGGCAUUUUCACGGACGAUGCAAGCCCAUAUAUAAAGCCCAUUAUUGAUUUCUUAGUGAAUAAUGGGGCCCCACUUCUUACCAAUGUGUACCCAUACUUUGCUUAUGCUGGUAAUCAACAAAGCAUUAAUCUUGAUUAUGCUCUUUUCAAUCAACAAGGAAACAAUGAUGCUGGGUACCAAAACCUCUUUGAUGCCAUAUUGGAUUCAGUGUACGCUGCUCUUGAGAAAGUAGGAGCAUCCAAUUUGCAAAUAGUUGUAUCUGAAAGUGGGUGGCCAUCAGAAGGUGGAGAUGGAGCCACGGCCCAAAAUGCAGCCACUUACUAUUCUAAGUUGAUUAGUCACUCCAAGAGUGGUAAUGGGACUCCAAAGAGGCCUGGUGGGCCUAUUGAGACUUUCUUGUUUGCAAUGUUUGAUGAAAAUCAGAAGACGGGUGCAGAAACUGAGCGACAUUUUGGUCUCUUUAAUCCUGAUAAAUCACCCAAAUACCAACUCAGUUUCAAUUAAUUGAAACCCAUAGCUAGAUAUAUAUGCUCUUGAAUAUAAUAUAUUUUGAAUAAGUGUGCGGGGUGUGCCCAUUUUGUUUAAAUAACCAUACAAACCAAAUUUCUAAUAGAUUAUUGUUAUCAUAAGGAGGAAAGAAGCAUGACUGCUUCAUUUGUUAUUGGCUGAAUUCUCCAAUUAUUGAUUCAAUCAGAUCAUGUAAUUUAC